UUAGGGCGUGUUUUGUAUGGCAUUGCAGUCAAUACAACACAACACUCAAUGUUGUUGUGAUUAUAGUUGUCAUCAAAAAAUAUUUUCACUGAUUUUUUUGUGGUAUUGUUUUUUUAAAUUUCAGUUUAUUAUCAUCACCUCAUCUGAUCCCAACCUCGCGCCCGUAUAGACAAUGGCCACAUGGAAAGCAUUGGCAUCAUCUGGACCUCAGUCACAAGUACUUAAAAGUGGUCGCCAGGCGUCCAAAGAUGACGACAACGACGAUUGGGAAACUGAUCCCGACUUUGUGAACGAUGUCGACGAACAACAGCAACGAUGGGGUGGUUCGGGCCGUACGGCCGGUGCUAUCAAUAUUGGCGAACUACGCGAAGAGGUUACCACAGAGGACGCAAAGAUACGGGAAAACUAUGCACACGAGUCGCAAAAGGACAUCAAGAAAGGUUUCGGCGGUGCUUUUGGUGUACAGACAGAUCGCGUAGAUAAGUCUGCCGUCGGCUUUGACUAUCAUGAAAAACUUGCGGCACACGCCUCACAAAAAGACCAUUCUUCUGGAUUUGGUGGUAAAUUUGGUGUUCAGAAGGAUCGGGUGGACAAGUCGGCGGUCGGAUGGGAUUACAAGGAGAAACUUCAGCAGCACGAGUCACAAAAAGAUCAUUCAGUUGGCUUCGGCGGUAAAUUUGGUGUCCAGAAAGAUCGUAUCGAUAAAUCGGCAGUCGGUUGGGAUUAUCACGAAAAAUCUGAGAAACAUGAGUCACAAUUGGAUCACUCGGUUGGUUUUGGCGGCAAGUUUGGUGUUCAGACAGACAGAGUAGACAAAUCAGCUGUUGGUUGGGAAUAUCACGAGAAACUACAGCAACACGAGUCACAAAAGGAUCAUUCGGUCGGAUUUGGUGGCAAAUUUGGUGUCCAAAGUGAUCGGGUGGACAAAUCGGCGGUUGGCUGGGAAUAUCACGAGAAGCUUCAACAGCACGAAUCGCAAAAGGAUCAUUCGGUCGGCUUCGGCGGCAAAUUUGGCGUCCAAAAGGAUCGGGUGGACAAAUCAGCGCUGGGUUGGGAUCAUAAAGAAAUAGUUGAGAAACACGAGUCACAGACGGAUUACUCGAAAGGUUUUGGCGGAAAAUACGGCGUCCAAACCGAUCGUAAAGACAAGUUGGCUCACGGAUGGGAUGAGUUGACUAAAACUGAGAAACAUUCGUCACAGACGGAUUCGAGUCGUGGAUUUGGCGGAAAGUUUGGUGUUGAGUCCGAUAGAGUGGAUAAAUCGGCACAUAGUUGGGGUCCAAAUGAAGUUGAAAAUAAUGGUACGACGACUACUACUGAUAGGCCGGCAGUUUCUAAGGGAAGUGCUAGCAGUUUGAAAGCCAGGUUUGAGAAUAUGGCUAAAAAUGAUGAAUCGGAAGUUAAACGAAGGGCUGACGAGGAAAGGACUAGAAGAUUGGAAAGAGAAAAACAGGAGAGUGCGGCCGCUAAGAAAGCCGAAGAGGACAGACAAAUAAAAUUGAAAAUCGAAUUGGAAAGUAGGGGUGAUAUUGAAGACAAUGACGAUGAAGAGGAUGAGGAGGAAAGACAAGUGAGACAUGAGACCAAUAAUAGAGAUUCGUUGACCAGUCCAAGGGUUAACAAAAUCGGUAUAUCUGUGUUUCCAAAAUUGGAUAAUCCCAUAGUGCCGGUCGUCGUAGUCAAGUCCAAUGAUGACUAUUCCAGAGCUUCGAUGACUAGAAUUGAGUCGCCACCAGAAGACGACGACACCAAAUGGGAAUCAAGACAAUCGGCGGCCGAACAACAACCGUCUUCGGUUCAACAAACAUACAAUAGGGAUGCCAUCAAUAAUGAUGAUGAAGAAAUUGAAGCUCAAGAUUUUGGUGAUAAUAAUAAUAAGGUGACCGAAACAGCCACCACAAGUCAGCCAUCGGGAGGAGGAGGAGGACAGGGAUUGACUGCUGUUGCACUAUAUGAUUAUGAAGCGGCAGAUUUCGAUGAGAUUAGCUUUGAUCCCGAAGAAUUGAUUACCGAUAUUGAGAUGAUCGACGAGGGCUGGUGGAGGGGCCGGUGUCGCGAUAAAGUUGGCCUCUUUCCUGCAAAUUAUGUCCAAUUAAAUCAGGUUGUCCCGGGAUUCCUGAAAAGGUUGUAUACUGAUUGGAUAGAUAAGGGUUACAUAACUACAAUCAAAGUGAUAGUAAAUUGUAUGCUUAAGGCAACCGCCGAUACACUGCUGAAGAUGACCACCGCUAACAAUGUGGCAAAGUUUACGCUGAAGACGGCCAAAGGGAUGCGAGACUACGAACCACAUCAGUUGGCCGUACGAGAGAAGGUGUUCGGUAUUAUCAACGAGUGCUUCAAACGCCACGGCGGCCAACAAAUUGAUACACCAGUUUGCGAACUGAAGGAGACGCUGACCGGCAAAUAUGGUGAAGACUCGAAACUGAUCUACGAUUUGGCUGAUCAGGGUGGAGAACUGUUGGCUCUUCGAUACGAUCUGACCGUACCGUUUGCCCGAUAUUUGGCCCAAAACAAGAUACUGUCGAUGAAGAGGUACCAGAUAUCAAAGGUUUACCGACGGGACAAUCCAUCCGUGACCAAAGGGCGCUUUCGGGAGUUUUAUCAGUGUGACUUUGACAUCGCCGGUACUUUCGAUGAGAUGCUGGCAGAUGUCGAGUGUUUGCGCGUUGUAUCGGAAAUCUUGAAUGGCCUCCAAAUCGGUACUUACCUCAUCAAAAUCAAUCAUCGGGAAAUACUCGAAGGUCUGUUCGAGGUGUGCGGAGUUCCCGCCGAUAAAUUCAAGACAAUUUGUUCUGCAAUCGAUAAACUCGAUAAAGCUUCUUGGGAAGAGGUUAAGAAAGAAAUGACCGGAGAAAAAGGUUUGGCAGAAUCGGUUGCUGACAAGAUUGGCGAAUACGUACAGUUGAACGGCUCCAUCGAACUGAUGGACAGAUUACUGGGCGAAGAGUUGGGCGCUAAUCCAAAAGCCAAGAAGGGAUUGGAAUCAUUGAAACUGUUGUUCCGUUAUUGCGAUCUAUUUAAGCUGACAGAAGUGGUCAGAUUUGAUUUGAGUCUUGCACGCGGUCUUGACUACUAUACAGGCGUAAUAUACGAGACAGUGCUAACCGAAGAACAGUACGAAUGCGGCAGUAUUGCCGCCGGUGGCCGUUACGACACACUGGUCGGUCUAUUGGCCGAUUCGAAAAAGUUUAAAGUUCCCUGUGUUGGCGUCAGUAUCGGCAUCGAAAGGAUACUGGCCAUCAUCGAGAAAAAGAUGAUCGACGAGAAUGCCUAUCCGACACAAGUGAUGGUAAUAUCGAUGGGAAAGAAUAUGACCGAAGAACGAAUGAAGAUAUUGGUCGAACUCUGGGACUCAGACAUACGGGCCGAGCAUCUAAUGAAGAACAAAGGAAAUCCGUUGAGUCAGUUCCAAUACGCCGAACAAAAAGGUAUUGCUGUUGCCGUUACUUUUGGUGAAAGUGAACUCAAAGACGGUAUCGUUAAGAUGAGAGAUAUUAAGACAAGAGAAGAGACUGUUGUCAGACGUGAAGAACUGAUCGGUGAACUCAAGAAAAGGUUUCAAACAAAAGACUGAUUUUAUUGUCGGAUAGAUUUUUUUGGAUAAUUUUUUUACGUAUUUAUAAAUUAUAUAAUUGUAAUACUAUUAUUUGAAAUAUUAAGCGACUAUUUUUUAUAUGCAUAUAUUUGGUUUGAAUUAUUGAAACACAUUUUGUAAUGUCAAUCAAUUUUUAUUAUUAUUUAUUAAUUGUUUUUUAAUUAUGAAUUUUAUUAAAUUAAUGUCAAUGAAUGUGGUUUUCGAUAAUUAUAAUACUGUAAUAAUAAUAAUAUUGAACUCAUUAUUGAUUGAUUCAACAGUAUGUUUAUUUGGUCAUAAAAUAAGGGGUUGUUAUUAAGGGUACGGCAUGUUAUCCUUGAGGGAUAACUCUUAGCUAAUGACAACAACUUGAAGGACAAUAUGUUAGACAUUUCACUCGCUUUGAUAAUUGUUUUACUAG